CAACAACACCCAAAGGAUAGACACGGAAGCAUGACUGCAGAACCACGCCGCAUUGGGCAAAUCGUGCGCCUGAAGCGCGAAUGUUUGCAGGCAUACAAGGACUGCCAUGCCGCCGUCUGGCCAGCUGUGCUCCAGCAGAUCAAAGAUUGCAAUAUCGUCGAUUAUUCCAUCUUUCUCGACGAGUCUUCUAUGACGUUAUUUGCGUCGAUGAAGUAUGCUGGCAGCGACUUCGAUGCCGAUAUGGAGAAGAUGAAAGCGAACCCAGAAGUGCGCAGGUGGUGGCAGAUGACGGACAGCAUGCAAGAAUCACUUGUGCCGGGUAGCACAGGUAGCACAGACGAAAAAGGCUGGUGGCAGCCACUGGAAGAAGUGUUUCGAGCCGAUUAGGAUGUAUAUACUAUUGCCGCCAAGCUACAACAUCGACCGGCGAAUCCCAAAGAUCAAUCGCGAGCUUGCGGUCCAUUACCUCUCCACUGUCCGGAGGCAGUCUCCAAACAGUAAUCCCGAAUCCGCUCAUCUUCAGACUCGUCACCAGUGGGCCGAGAGUCAGCCUUCGCACAGUGAAACCUCGCCUCUCGAGCUCGACCUUCGCCAGCUCCGCAAAUCGUGCCAGGACUUCGUCCGAAGUGCUUCCCAGACUAUUCAGCAAUAGCACGACCUCACCAUCGGUCUUUGGGUUGGUAGAGCUGGAGAACGGAAUGAAGGCUCGAUCCUUGUCUGA